GUAAACUCUUGGCCGUGUGUGCCAUUGGGGCUCCUAUCGUUGCACCCUUAUUAUUUUAUAACGUGUGUGCCGUCGUUAGAUCCGCCGUUCUUGCCGUGCAGACAUUAAUAUAUAUAUAUAACCACCUGUUAUUAUUUGGGCAAGGAGUUCGUGAGUUGGCAGUGUACAUACAGCAUAAUCCAUACCGGUGUUCCUGCAGCGGAGAUUUCACGCGAUCACGUUGGUUAAGACCCGAGUCGUCGAUAUUGGUUUAUUUAAAAUGGUUACCAAGACAAAAAUGAUACCGAAGAACGAAGAUAAUUUAAUGAUCAAUACUCGAAUAAUGAAAAUAACUGGAUUAUACUAUUUAUUGGAUUCGCGGAGUCCAAAAAUCUUUGGUCACAACGUGUUCAAAUGCAUGUCCAUUGUUCAAAUGUCGAUCAUGUCAGCAACGUUGGUUGCAGGUAUCGUAAAUAUAAUAAAAUUUUUUUUAGACGACAUCAAUUCAAUAAUGCUGUUUUUGAUGUUAAUGACAUCCGGUACACUCUCGGUUGUAAAACUUUAUAGUACAGUCGUAAAUUCAGAUACAAUAUGGAACUGUAUACAGAUGACAUCUGUUGACGACUUGUCUUAUAAGUAUCAUAAUAGACGUAUACUUAAAGAUGGCCAAUUGAAGUCCAAAUCGUAUAAUAUUUUAAUUAUGUUUAUGUGGUUGAAUCUCACAAUAUUUUGGGGAAUUUCUCCUUUGUUUAUCACAAACGCUUUUUUGGAAAUAAAAAUCAAAAACAAGAUUGGCCGUUACCGCUUCAACAUAUUAAAUGUCAUAUUUCCUGACUCCGAUCAAUUUUUCAACGACAAUUUCAUCAUUUAUUACUGUAUAGAAUUUAUUGUUCUGAUACAAUGGGGCCAUAGCGCCAUGAAUUUCGAUAUACUAUUACUGUCGACAAAUAUUACGUUUAAGUAUCAAUUAAAAACGAUUGCAAAUUCUUUCAGUACAUUCAACAUUACACAUAAUGACGUUAAGAAUGAUUGCACAAAAAUUGUUAAACAUCAAAAAGAAUCAGAAUUGAUGUUUAAUUUCAAGAGUAUUAUUUACGAUCAACAGAGUGUCAUUAA